AUGUCACACAAAGCCCAUGAUAUUGGCUGUGAGCAUCUGUUGAUCACAGGUGUUACUGGAUACAUUGGAUUCAAGACGCUCACAAUUGCUCUCGAACGAGGAUAUCGUGUUCGGGCUGUCGUCCGAAACGAACGCAGUAUCAAUGAAUUGAAAAACAAAAGUACGAGGAUCGCACAGAGUCUUGAUCAGGAACAACUCCAGUUUGUUGUCAUUCCAAGCUUUCUCGAAUCGGAUGCAAUUUUCAAGGUGCUUGGGGGGAUUACUGUCAUCAUUCACCUUGCAUCACCGUUAGCAGUCGAGACCGAUGAUUAUGAUGUUGGAAUCGUUAAGCCAGCUAUCUCGAUGGUGACUACUGUCUUGGAAGCAGCCACUCGCGUGCCAACAAUUCGCCGCGUAAUCUUGACAUCUUCAUGCGUGACCCUGAUUCCAUUUGAAUGGAAUAUCAAUCCCGACAGCAAGCGACUAUAUAUAGUGGACGAUGUGAAUACCAGUGUUACUGGUCCCUUCUCGACUGCUAUGGAAGCUUACUGGGCAUCUAAAGCUCUCGCAAGAGUCGCAACUAAAGCAUUUGUUAACCAUGCGCUCCCGAAAUUUGACUUCGUCAAUCUCCUGCCCUCGGUAGUUAUUGGACCAGAUGACCGCCUGGACGCAGACCCAACUGCAACAGUCAACAGCCUCCUUCAGGGCACGCGGGCAGCAGUUCUUGCACCCGCACUGACAUCUUCGCUCAACUCCUCGUUUCCCUAUGUCGGAACACCGGUUCAUGUUGCCGAUGUCGCGCGCGCACAUGUCGAUGCAGUGGACGCUGGUACGGUUCCUGGAAAUUCGGAAUAUAUUCUCUCUUCGGAUACUCCUAAUGGAGUGGUGUGGGAUAGGGAUGUUCAAGUUGCCUGCAGGAAGUUCUUCCCAGAAGAGGUGGCUAAUAAAAGGUUGCCGCUUGAAGGGUCUCUGACGGCAAUAAAAUGGAGGCUGAGUUCCCGGCAGACCGAGGAAACGUUUGGUUGGCAGUUUACCGGUUUUGAGGAGACUAUGAGGCAGCUUCUUUCCCAGUACUUGCAGCUCGAGGAAAGGUCACUAAAAUAG